UAUAUAUCAGAAGUCGUACCUUGUUCCUUAGAUAGUGCGCUUGACUAUUUGGGGAGUUUUGGGUCCACGUAUAAACACACUGUUGGGGAAAACUUGGUGAAUUCAUAAAAUUACACAAUGCGUUAUAAUAUAUUACAGUCAAAACAACGAACCUUAGAGGGUAAACAAUACCUCUAAUGCACUUUAGGGAGUAGGGCACCAUUUCGGACGAAGACUGUUAAUUAUUUACUCCUACCCUACUUCUGCAAGUAUAUAUUAUGUAGCGUUGUGCUUUCUCAGCGCCAUUGGUGUCAAAAUUGAAAGCUUAAUUAUUUUUAUUAAUUUUAAACGUACUAUAUUAUACCUAAAGACCCAUUUAGCAUAGUGCUAAAUUUCUGCUAACUGAAAGUUCUUUCAUCACGUACUACCGUUUGAUACUUAAAAUACUUAAGACAUGACAAGUGUUCAGAUGAGUGCUAAGGAUGAGAUGGUUGAACAGUUCCUGGAUUCUGCUUCUAGGGGCGACUUGGCCAAAGUUUCCACUAUGAUCUCUCACUCCAGUCAAGUGCUCAAUGAAAGUGGGAGACAAGGAUGGACAGCCUUAAUGUUGGCUGCGAGAAACGGGCACUUUGAUGUGGUAAAAACGUUACUCUUAAAUGGGUGUAAUAAGUUUUUGGUGAAUAAAUCAGGCCAAACUGCUUAUGACAUAGCAAAAUUCUGGGGACACAGACACAUUGCCCAUUUCUUAGCUAGCAGUGGGGAUAUCACACUUCAUGGGAUUCUACCAAGCAAUAAAUCUACAGAAAAUGAAACUUAUUUCAGUAGAGAAUAUCUCAACAGAAUGAGCGAUAAAAGGACUGAUUUGGAAUGGCUUUCAGCUAAACAGUCUUCUCCCGAAACAGUGUUCAUCGUGUUUCACAACUUGGAUCCUUUUGUUACAACAGAGCAAGAGGAAAUUAAUGAUAUUCAACCUAAGUUAAAACUGUACAGGUUUGGAAGGAACUCUGUGAAAGAGGUACUUGAAAAGAGUGAUACAGUGGUUAUUUUUCUGGGAGCAGAAAAGCAGAAAUGUUUACCUUCACCAGUGUCAAAGGAGGAUGGACUCAUUGCAUGGUUUGCUCUAAAUACACCGACAAAUCCCACAGAAAACCUUAAGGUCAGAGCAUCAAACAGCUUAUUCCUUACAGGGCCAAUGCCAGCACUCCUCAAGCUCAAUGAAGAUGAAGCAGGUAUUGUUGCACAAGCCAGGUCUGUCCUUGCAUGGCACAGCCAGUACAGUUUCUGCCCAACUUGUGGUGGUAAAACCAAAGUGGAUGAAGGAGGUUACAAAAGAACCUGUUUAACAAAGGGCUGCAGCAGUCUCCAGGGAAUCCACAAUACCUGUUACCCUAGAGUUGAUCCUGUUGUGAUCAUGCUGGUCCUUCACCCAGAUGGGAAUCAGUGCCUACUAGGAAGAAAGAAGAUAUUUCCUCCAGGAAUGUAUUCAUGUCUUGCUGGGUUCAUUGAACCAGGUGAGACCAUUGAAAAUGCAGUCAGGAGAGAGGUUUUAGAAGAGAGUGGAGUUGCUGUUGGCCCUGUCCAAUAUAUCUCCUGCCAGCCAUGGCCAAUGUCCUCAUCGCUCAUGAUUGGUUGCUUUGCAGUAGCAGUGUCUACAGCCAUAAAGGUUGAUGAAAAUGAAAUUGAAGAUGCUCGCUGGUUCUCAAGGCAAGACGUAAUAGAUGCUCUUCUGAAGGGUAACCAAGCAGUUUUUUUCAUGCCUCCAAGACAAGCCAUUGCCCAUUUUCUUGUGAAACAUUGGAUUGGUAUAAACUCUAACCUUUGAACUAAAUGUUACUGGAGUGUAACAGUAAUGUAACAGUAAUGUUGAGAUUUUCAAAAUUUGCCAUGAGGUGUUUGGGUGGUAUACGAGUGGGAGAUGGGAUCCAAAACUGUAUUUUACACCAGAACUCUUAAAUUAAUAUAAUUAUUAUGAAUAAAUUGUAAUAUUGCUAUAGAAACAGAUGCAAGAUGACCAGAUUGUCAUUCUAAAAAUCUUACAAAUCACUACACUUGUAAGUUCUACUAGCUUUAAUUUCAGAAUGCCAGGGUAGAUUCCUUCAGAGCUGAUGGUAUAUUGCUGUUUGCUCAUUUUCUUCCAAAGUACCAACAGCAAAAUUGUUUCCCUGUGACCAUGACCAGGCAAUCUAUAAAAGGUCCUGCUUCAUCCUAGUACUCCUCAUUCCCAGGUCUUUCUUGUCAAGCAGUUGGAAGGAGUGAAUUGAUGGGUGCUGAGGGCUGUCUGGCCAGCUUCAUCGAGUUCUGUCAUGAUAUUAGAAGAUAUGUUCACUGCAGUUUCUGUAACAAGGUGGUUUUCACAGGAUGGGGUUGUUGGACCCAUGCCCAGCACCUAACCUGGAGGACUAGGGACUGAGUUUAGUUUGGCCCAUCCCUCAAGACCUGUCUGGCAUGGUUAGAUCUGCCAGGGAUAUUUGUACUUGCUGGCAUAGCUCUCUAGUUACCAGGGAGGUACAAGCAGAUCCAUCAAUGCUAUUAGCUGAUCAGCCUUUUGUAAGAGGAAGAGCAAGUGUCUUCACCGCCAAAUACGAGGACGCAAUGAAGUGAAAAGGAGAGCUGUGUACAGCCACCUUGCACAGAGUGCCCAGGUGUACUUUCAGUGGCUGUGCAUCAUUCUUUAAGGUUGACUGCCACCUUGAGGGAGACUGGUGGUAGCCCACCAUUGUAUGACGAUCAUAAUGUAGGAGUAUAGCACAUGAAUGGCUUGAAUAUGCUGCCAACUGGUGUUAAAUCUUCCUUGGCAAAACUAAGGUUUGAUCCUCUACCAGACAAAUGCCUGAGCAAAUGCCUAAUCCUUUCCUUAGUACAUCCACUCAAACAAAUUAUUGGGUUGUUCCACAAUGGACUGAUUUCAUUAAUUAGCACUUAUGUGCAUUUGAGUGCAAACUGAAGCUGCAUUAGCUACAUAAGAGUGCUAAUACACUGGUUUACAAAACAUGUAUACUGUAAAAUUUGUAUCUCUAAUACCGUAUGUAUUCCUGACCCUUGAAGAGAUAAUGUCUACAACAGGAGACACUGCAGUGUGUCCAAGUCUGUGCAACCAUUUUUGCUAUGUUUUGGCGAAAUAUGCUAUGGUUCUACUUGUUACUGACAGGCCCUCUAUACCUUCUAUCCAUCAGACCCAUCAGAAAUGCUGUGUCAGAUAAAUGGGUCACUGUAUCACAGCAGAGCAUGAACAAUUAUGGUUUUGGCCCCUGGAAGUAACUCCAGCAUACUAAAAUGCAUGCUCCAUCUACCAGUUGGUUGGUAUGCAGGCAAAUGGAACAUUUUUCCAUUGUGGUGCAAAACACGAUGGUGUUUUUGCUUAAGUCAGCUUUUUCACUAUAGCCAGAUGGAACAUAUUUAUGUACUGUCACUCAGAAGGAAACUGCUCUGGUGGUCUAGAACGAAUGGAAGUAGAUCAGAAUAUUAUGUAUGUAACCAUGGCUCCACAAGUGGAGUACUACCAGGCCAUCUGGUCACAUUGGGUGUGACUAUGACAUGGCUGAAGAACUUUUAAAAGCUACCAUGGGGUCAGUAGGAGAUCAACUUUGCCAAUAGCACUUGGCUACAAAUGUGGGAAAAUUGGAAUACAUCAAUAGUUCUAAAGGUAACCAUUCUCCAUUCAGUCAGAGAGUCAUGGUUACGUACCCUUCCAUCCAUCCGUCCAUCAUCUGUAGCCACUUAUCCUGUUCUAUAGGGUCACAGCCUUCCAAACUCAAGAUAAAGAAAACUUCACCUUGUUGUUCACAUUUAAAUACAUUUUUUUUCAAGUGGAAAUAAAAUGUUUAGUGUCACUCUAUAUUCUGUAAUAAAAAUUAUGGGCUGUAUAAAAAGUAAAUCAUGAAAGAUGCUGAAAUGGAAAAAAAAGUGUGUUUAUUUGAGACAUACUCGAACACUUAACUGUGGAAUAAAGCAUGACUGUGUGUGCUGUGAUAAGGAUUGUGUGAUGCAGCCUUAUGUGAAGCAGAGGGCUGUUACCAUUCUGGAGUUGAUUUAUUUUCCUUUAACAGCACAACUCAGUGUGGUUUUAUUGCUUUUAUACUACAGCAAUUUACUUGUGAUUAAUAAUAUUAUUAUUAAUAAAGAAUAACACCAUA